AGCGUGUUGCGACUGGGACGGCCUCCACUUCCUGUUAAUGGCUGACUCAUUACCACAGCUGGCCGGCGUAUACGCCGAUCCUCAGCACGUCUCCAGCCAACUGUGCUCAGAAGCACCGCGGAGAUGUCGGCCCUGAGAGAGAUCAACCCAAACGUGAGGAUGAUGAAGGACCUGGAGAUUGGGGUGGUGUUGAAGCGAGCCGCUGGCGUCCGGGAAAUGCUGCAGAAGGGUAAGCUGCCGUUCACAGGCCUGAUCGAUGUCUCGUGGGGGGAUCCUCACACCGGCGGGGUGAAGCCCAUCACCUUCGUCAGGCAGGUGCUGGCUGCUUGUCUUUACCCUCAACUCAUCAGCAGCGACAAACUGCCGGUGGACGCCCGCCAGCGAGCCCAAAAGCUUCUGGCCUGCUGCGAAGGAGGCAGUGUGGGCUCUUACACAGCUACCAAGGGUGCCCCACAAAUCGUCUCCAGUGUGGCCGAGUUCAUAUCCCGGAGAGACGGCGGCGUCCCGUCUUCCGUGGAGAACAUCUUCAUCAGCCCCGGCUCGCAGUGGUGCUUGUCGAACGUUCUCAAGCUCUUGAUCCACCAUCAGGGGUCGGCCCCGUCGGGGGUGCUGGUUCCCGUGCCCUGCUACGACGUGUCCAUCCGGUCGGUGGUGGAGUUGGGAGGCUUGUCGGUGCCGUACUACCUGCAGGAGGAGCAGGGAUGGGAGGUGCAGGUGGAGGAGCUGAACCGAGCCUUUGAGUCGUCCAAGGAAAUCUGUAACCCUGUGGCUCUGUACAUCAUCAACCCAGGAAACCCCACCGGUCAUGUGCAGAGCAGGAGGUCCAUGCAGGAAGUGAUCCGCUUCGUGUCUGAGAAGAAGCUUUUCCUUCUGGCUGAUGAGGUCUACCAGGACAGCGUUCAUGGGGACAAGUCCCAGUUCCUGUCAUACAAGAAGGUUCUGGCGGAGAUGGGUCCACCGCUGUCGGACAGCCAGGAGCUGGCCUCCUUCCACUCCGUCUCCAAAGGCUUCAUGGGAGAGUGCGGUCUGCGCGGUGGCUACGUGGAGCUGACCAAUGUGGAGCCAGCGGUCAUGGCACACGUCUACCGGCUGUUCUCCAAGGACAGCUGCGCGCCAGUGCUGGGCCAGAUGGCUCUGGAGCUGAUGGUCAACCCUCCGCAGCCAGGAGAGCCCUCCUACAGGCUCUACACCCAGGAGACCCAACACAUCAGGAGCACACUGCGUCAUAAUGUGAGGAGAGCCGAGGAGGUUCUCAACAGUCUGCCGGGUUUCAGCUGCCAACCAGUGGAGGGAGGAGCGUUCGUCUUCCCCAGAGUGGAUCUUCCACCAAGAGCAGUCCUGAGGGCAAAGGAGGAAGGGAUGAAACCCGACUCCUUCUACUGUGUGCGACUGCUGGAGGAGGCUGGAGUGCUCACUGGACCGGGCUGCCAGUACGGACAGAAGGAGGGGUCCAGCCACAUCAGGUUCAGCAUCAUGACCCGCGGCGACACCAUGGAGGAGCUGCUGAGACGCAUCUCCUGCUUCCACCUGCAGUUCAUGAAGGAGUUCUCCUGAGCCUCCCAGCCCACGCGCUCUCGCCUCCAGUGUCGAUCUCAACCCGUCGCGCAGAAGACACUUGAUUUUCAAGUCCCACUUCUAUUAGACUCAACAUGACGGCAGCCAGAAAUACCUUUGGUCCGGUUUGAGACA